AUUUCAUCUGUUCUAAUUUUUGAACUUUCUACAACUCAACUGUUUGCUACGAUGACAGAUGAUUUAGUUACACACUCUGGAAGCUGUCAUUGCGGUGCUGUGAAGUUUGAAGUAUUAGCCGAGAAAGCUCUUCAUGUCUACGAUUGCAACUGCAGUAUUUGUAACAAGAAACAGAACAAACAUUUUGUUGUACCGAAAUCCAGAUUCAAGCUGUUACAGGGUGCUGACAAUAUAACAACAUACACCUUCAACUCACACAGAGCUCAGCAUACAUUCUGUAAGACAUGUGGUGUCCAAAGUUUUUAUACACCAAGAUCUAAUCCUGACGGCUAUGGUAUAGCACCACACUGUAUUGACUCGAACACUAUAGAACGGAUAGAGGAAGAAACAUUUGAUGGACAGAACUGGGAACAACACAUUGAGAAGUCUGACAUACGACAAAGAUCUAAGGAAGGAAUAUAAUUUCCCAUAAAAAAUUAUAUAUAUAUGAUGCAAUUACGUGCCUGUCUGAAGCUGUAUAUAACAUGUGUAAGAUUGACGAUUUUGAUUGAUAUGAUCAGUUGCAUGUUUCAUUUUAGACCAUGUAAUAUACCAAAAGAUAGUAUACACUGUAAAUGCAUACUACAAAUGUAGUUUUAUAAAUAGAUAUAUACAUGAAUAGUAAAAUAGAAAAUUAUAUUUAACUAUUAUUUUAGCUUGAACUAUAGAAAUACAUAAUGUGAUUGUCAAAUUAUAGUUUAUGUCCCAUCCUGAAAUUGUCAUAAAGGGGGCAGGAUGAGACUGCCAACGAUGGGGCUAACUGCAGUCAUGCCUUGGUGAUUCCAAAAAAAACCCCAAAUAUUUCCCCAAAAUGAGGGACCGGGCUCCCUCCCCUAAAUCCAUCUCUGUUAUACUCACUGUACUAAUAAUAUUAUGGUGGAUACAAAACAUGUAAAUUAAAUGAUGACAUUUG